UCGAACUUCGCUUUUCCAUGACUCGAUAGUCUUCUAGUCUUGCCUGGCCAUGUGGGUUCCUGGGAGAAGCGACGGUGUAUUGGAGCGCGCAGUCCUCUGGCUGGGAGCAGUGGAAGAACUCUUCCAAGGACCCCUCUAUGCCUCUGAAGGAGCAGUUGAGAUUUUCCAACAGGAUUCAGUGAUUCUUCCCUUUUUCCAAUGGCAUCAUUGGUUGCCAAAGACUCCUACCUGCAGAAUCUAGCCAAGAAAAUCUGUUCUCAGCAGCCUGUGGAGCCACAGAAACGAAAAUGGGCUCCCAAAUCUGGUCAUCUCGAAACCACUGGACCCCCAAAGAAGAAGAAGAAGAAGAAGGAGCAGAAAAAUAAAUCUCAGAAGCAGGAUGAAAAAGCCAAGGGGAUCCAGAAUAAGCCCACUGACAUCAAGCAAUCCAAAACUCCUAGGGCCAAGAAACCUGCAGUUACAGAGGGGAAGGCGUUUUUUAGCACCACUGAAGAUUCCACAGUUGUUCCUGUCAGCAAGCCAGGCUCCUUCCUAGCCAUUGACAUUCUCCGUCAGCGGCUACAUGAAAAAAUACAGGAAGCCAGUGGUCAGGGCCACACCAAAGAGCUGUCUCCUGCAGCAUUGGAGAAGAGGCAGCGAAGGAAGCAGGAACGGGAGAGAAAGAAGCGGAAACGCAAGGAGCUCAGGGCCAAGGAGAAGGCGGCCAAGGAGGAAGCCAAAAGUGAAGCCACGGAGGCUACACCAGAGCCACCAAAACAGGAUCCACAGGGUCUGACUGAGCUGGUGUUCAACAAGUUGGAGGUAAAUGAGGGGCCAGUCAGCAAGGCCCAAAAGAAGAAGGAGAAGCGGCAACGAGUGAAGGGGAACCUGACCCCUCUAACAGGGAAGAACUACAAACAGUUGUUGGAGCGUGUACAGGCCCGCAAGAGCAAGCUGGAGGAGCUGAAAGAACAGGAUGAGGAGAAGGCACGGGAGAUGGAGACCAAAAUGAAGUGGACAAACCUGCUGUACAAGGCCGAAGGUGUGAAAAUCCGUGAUGACGAGGAGCUUCUAAAGGCAGCCUUGAAGCGCAAGGAAAAGCGCCGAGCCCAGAGGAAGAGGCAGUGGGAGAAGCGCACGGCCCAUGUGGUGGAGAAGAUGCAGCAGCGACAGGACAAGAGGCGCCGGAACUUGCGCAAGAAGAAGGUGGCUAAGAUAGAGCGUCGCAAGACCAAAGCUCGCAAGAAGGGCCGCAUCCUGCCCGAGGACCUAGAGAAGGCUGGGCUCCACUGAGGGUUGGGGAGACCCUUCACAGCUUCAGGAGACCUGCUCUCUCUGACCUGCAUUUCCUCUGGAUUUCCUCCUGUGACUGCCCCUGCAGCAGAGUUGCAUUUGUUAAGUGCCUACUUUGUGUGAGGCACUGUGCCAGGAACUGGAGAUUCAAAGACAAAAACUAAAAACUGUCCCCGAGUUCCCCAGCUCACUGAAGUCCUACCUCCUCCAUAAAUCCUUUGGUUUAGUGCUAUCCUUCUGGUAUCUGCUCUUUCUCUCCAGUAACCCUCAGUCCAUCUCUAGGCCCCUGAGCUGGGCGACACAAAACCUGACAUCUCUCCCAGUAGGAAAAAAUCCCUGAAUGCUGUAAUAUGGGUCAGGUUCUCCAGUCGCAUAGAAAGGUCACAUAGCUAGUCCAGGGUAUUGAACUAAAAGGCAGCUCAUAGCUUUCUUAAUCUUCCUGGACCUCAAAAAAGCCAAUAGAAUAGUCUCUUUACCCAGGUUUUUUAAUGUUAAAAAUUUUUUUUUUAAUUGUUGUGAACUGGAUUAACAAGAGCAAAUAUGAUUAUUUUCCAUAUUAAAAAAGUAAGAAUAGGAAAAUAAGAUUAUAUAUGAAACCAUGAAUCUCUAUUAUACUUGGAGUUGUAAUGAUUGUCUUAAGACAAAUGGUGGAUACAUAAUUCAAGACUAAUUUAAGAAUUAGGGAAACUUCUCCAGUGGUUCCUUCCAGGAGACAUGUUGAAUUGAAGAGUCCCAUUGGAAAGCCAAAUGGAGAAGUUAAAUCCUUUACCCAAUUUUCCCUUUCCCAAUUACCACAGAAGUUGCUGGACCAACCUGCUUGAAUCUCAUGUAGGUUGGAAAGAAUUGUGUUUGGGAGUUUUAGAAUAAAUAAUUAAAUUCAUUUGAGUCUUUUUCUUUAACUUUUUUUGUACCUUUACCUGAGAAGGUCAGCAACUUUAGGCAAGGUAAAGUUACCUGAGAUAGUAAGAGAUUGUGAUUUUUACUCUUCAUUACUUGGUGCUGCUUUUCAUUGGCAGCCAUAAGGAUUAUCUUCCAAAAGGGAAGUUAAAAAAACAUUGUUUUAAUGUUUAUUUUAAAAAUUGUUUUACAUUUUGAGUUCUAAAUUCUCUCCCUCUUCCAUCAUCCCCUACACAUCAAGAAUACAAGCAGUAUGAUAGUAUUUAUUGUGAAUCUUAACUGCUCAGACUGUACCUUAUAGGAUUUGGUUAAACUAUUCCCUUAUUGUAACAAAUGAAGGUACUUGAUAAGGAAUGUAUUGGGAAUUUUAACAUUACUCCACCCAUAACUUAGGCAUACUUUAGGGGAAGAUAAAGUUGUAAAUUCCUGAUGGAACAAUGAAAAAGUCCCUAACUCAUACUUAUAGUAAAGCUAGAACCUUAAGCAAGGUCUAUUUUUAGAUCUAAUACAAAAGGGUGCUAAGCACUUAUAAAGGUUAAAUUAAUCACUAAAAGGUCAAGCAACUUACAAAAGGCAAGCUUAGCAAAAGAGGUGUGAAGUUUUAGUCUACCCAGAGAAGGUGAGAACAAAAGAAGAUGUGAACUAAGAAUGGUCAGUCCUGGGGAAACCGUCUAUUGUGAUGGGUAGAUGUGAAAAUUUAGGGGAGGUGACAUGAGAAAUUUCUCCUUAAAAGUUGCUGGCUCUCUGAACUUAGGGGGGAGUUUGGACUGGUUGGAGUUUGUAGUUCAGUUUUGGAGUUCGCUGUGGGGGGGGGCAAAUCUUGUGGUGAGUGAUUAAAGACUGACUAGUCUCUUAAGGCUCAGGCCUAGGUCAAAUGGCCCUUUCUGCUAUUUCCUCUUACUCUGUCUCUCUUCCCUUAAUUCCUUCUUUUGUAUUAAUUAAAAUCUCCAUAAAAAGCCAGCUGACUUGAGUAUUUUCACAUUUGGGAAUUUUCUCAUGGCAACCACUUAUUUUUUAUUUAAAUCAAGACACUAAAAAUUAUCUUUACAGUUUGGCAAUUCACAGUCUUGAAACCCACAUUUUUCGUGGUCACAUUAUACAUGUGAAGUCAUGCAAAAUAUAUUUCUGUGUUAGCCAUGUAGUAGUAGUAGUAGUAGUCUCUCGGUAACCGAGGAUGACGAUUGUCUUUGUGCGUUUUCAUCUAAGAUAGAUGAGUGUGCACAAAGACACUUGUGCGUGAAGGAGAUUUAAGUGGAAAAGUCGAUGCACAGAGACAGUCCCACUCUCUCGGCGUUGGAAGCCUGGGUCCAGUGGCACGAAAAGUCAUUACACCUGGAGACUUCCUCAGCUGCAUUGGAUGGCCGUGUUGUCUUUUGUGCUCCAACACGCCCUGAGCACUCCACAGUGCUUUGCUGCGUCGCCCUCUCAGCCAUUGAACCUUCUUAUUGGUUUCUUUGGUCUGUUUCGCCGAAGCAAUCUUCACAUGCUGGGUGAGCAAGGCCCUGGUUCACCAGGGGUCAAUGACCCGAUAGCUACCCUCACAAGAUUUAGCUGGCCUGUCGAAGCCGUUGCCCGGGGUGUGGCCACUGCCGCAUGAUAGCAGCUACUGGGAGCCACAAGUGAGAGCUGGGUGUCAGGUGGGGGUCAGAGGCUGGAGGGCUGCCCUAGAAGGGCACGACAAGCUCUCCAUACCAGAGAUACUAUCCCUCCCUGAACACCCCAUACACCCCAUAUUAGCCAUGAUUCAAAGAAAAAAGGCACAAAAAAACAGUGAAGAAAAAAGCAUGCUUCUUUCUAUUUGUACUCAAGUUCAUCAGUUUUCUUUCAGGAGGUAGAUAGCAUUUUUCAUCAUGAGGCUUUUGGAAUUGUUUUGGAUCCUUGUAUUGAUCAGAGUGGCUAAGUCUUUUAGAAUUGAUCAUUGUUACAGUAUUGUUACUAUGUACAAUGUUCUGUUUUUGCUUACUUUAUUUUCCAUCAGUUUAUAUGUCUUCUCAGGUUAUUCUGAAACUCUCCAUUAUUUCUUUCAGCAUAAUAGCAUUCAAUCACAGUCAUACCACAAGUUGUUCAACUAUUCCCCAGUUAUUUAUUGGUGUCCUCUAUAAUUUCCAAUUCUUUGCUACCACAAGAAGAGCUGCAGUAAGUAUUUUUGUAUAGAUGGUCCUUUUCCCUUCUCUUUGAUCUCUUUGGUAUAUAGACCUACUAAAGGUAUUGCUGAGUUAAAGGGUAUACACAGUUUAAUAGCCUUUUGGACAUAGGUCCAAAUUGCUCUCCAAAAUAAUGAAAUUCAUUCAUAGCUCCUCCAGCAGUGCAUUACUCCCUCAAUUUUCCCACAACCCCUUUGUCAAUAUCCUUUUCUAUCAUAAUGUAAAGAUUAAAAUUUAGGGGAGACUGAGGCAGGUAGAAAUUAGUUUCUCUCUGCAAGGAGUAUUAUAUUUUAAAGGUUUAUUUAAGGUUAAGAAUUAAAGAAAAUACAGAAUAAGAAACAUGCCUAGGCCAGAGAGGCCUAGACAAGACCUCACCUACAUUAUGAAAAGAGCCAUGUCUGCUCCAAAACGGAAGUCCAAAAGACCACAAAAGCCUUUGCAAUCAGGUUAAAUCCCUUCUCAAUCUCGGCCCACCUGAGAAUUCAGUGAGAUUACAAAGCACUCUGGGGAAGUGGAGCAAAGGAUUCUGGGGAUUGGAGUCCUGAAUUCGAGUCUAUUUUUUACAUUUCUCGGUGGGAUCAUUUGAAAAAAAAGUAAUUUUUUUCCCAAAGGAUCAUGAAAACAUAAUCAAUUUAAAGAUUACAAUAAUUUGAGGAUAAGAGAAAAAGAAUAAAAUCAAUAAUUGCUGAAUGCAUUGACAAAAAGCCAGUUAGGGGGGAGUCCCCUUUGGCAUGAAAGUGUACAUACAAAUGUUCAAUCAACCACACCCAAAGUUCAUUUUGAUCUUGUGCAGCUUGUGGUCUGGAGGCUUCAUGUGGCUUCUCCAACAGUUCAGUUUCUGGAUUCAGAGAGGUAGCAUCUUCUUUACCUAAAAUUCUUCUCAAAAGGAAUUUAAACUUUGCAAUUUAAAAUAAUAAUAUUUUUUUACAUUUCCCCAUGUUGUGGGUGAUUGAAAAAUACAUGAUCACUUAGGGAUGCAUGGCUGAGGUAUGAGGUAUAUGAAUCAAAUGGCAAGAGAUAUUAAAAGAUACCAGAAAAAUCCAAAAGAAAAGAAAAAUUUCUGGAUGAAAAUAUAGACUAUCAAAGUCUUAUGUGUAAAAAUUCCAAGUAAAAGAAAAAUAAAUCUAUAACAGGUCCUUGAAUCAGGGCCCAAUUAAAAUGAUUGAAGCAAUGGUGCAUUUACCCAGUCAGUAGCCAGGACUACAGAAAGUUACCACACUAUGAGAGGCAGAAAAGGGGACCAGAUUAUAGGAGCCAAGGUUUUGGGGAUACUCGUCUGUGAGUAUCUUCAGAGUGAGUAUGGACACAAGGAAGGCCUACAACUUAACAUAAGUCAAGUGUCGCAACCCCAAGUCUCACACUAGGUUCAAGACCUUUGUUUUGGCCUAGAAGUACAUCAAUCCAUCCUGGAUUGGCUUUUCUUAGGCCCUGUGCAAUGGCUCUGUUGUGUAUAUCUUUUCCUGGAAUCAGACAGAAUCAUUAAGCAAAGUCCCAUUAUUUAAAUAAUUAGUGGCAUCGUUUUUAUAGUCACAAGCUUUUUGGGGUAUGCAUUGGCAAAUGUAUCUUUAAACUUAUAUUACUGAAAAGUCAAAAAGUUAAAGAAAAUCUUAAUGCUGGUGACAUGUGCUUCAAAUAUAAAAGGAGAGAAAAACAAAUAGUAUAUUGCACAUGCAAGAAAAAUAUAAUAAAAGAGCUUUAAAAAUUCAAAAAUAUAGCUUAUAAUCAUUGACACUCUGUGUCAGCUAAGAAAAUAUAAAAUACAAGGCUUUCUCACCAAAAAUGAGAUCCAUUUCCUCUUUGUAUCUGGCCAUGAUCACUGUGAGUGAAUGCAAAUGAAUUGAACAAGGUAACAAUUUUUCAUUCUUUAAAAAUACAGUAGUACAAAUAUGUAGAUAUCAAUAUCCCCAAAAUUCUCAAUAGCUCAAUUAAUUACAAUAGCAAACAAGCACACUUUCAUAUUUCACAUAAGUUGCUGUAUGGCAUUUUUUAAAACCUCUGAAUUGAUGGAUAUUUGUCACAAGUUUUACAAAUGUAGCAAAUCUUUCAACCUUGGUAAUAAACAUAUUUUUAAACAAAGUAAAACUCAUUUUGCGUUUAGAACAUAAUCAAGAAAUCUAUAUAUCAUUCUGGUGGAAGUAAAAUAGUGAGCUGAAGACUAUAAAUAAAGGGGUGCUCUUUUUUUGGAGGCUUUUUAGGGGUACAAAUGCCUUGAGAUUAACUUCCCAACUUCCAUUCACAUGUGGGAAGGUUGGGGUUUAUAAAAUAUAUUUCACUUCAGCUAUGGGCCUUACCUCAUGGUAGGGACAGGCAAAAAAGCCAGAGAUUGUUUAAAAAAUUCCAAAAAUGAUAUUUAAAAAACCCUUAAAAUCAGUUGAGAUAUUUAGCACAUAAAAUUUUUCAAAGGUUGUUGUAGCAAUUGUAACCAGUUCUGAAGUCCAUCUAUCCUCUAUGUGACAAUUUACAAAGUCAAAAUAGAAAAGCUGUUUUUUCAUAUAUGGGCUUAAUUAACCUAUGAAUUUUUUCAAUAUGGUUAUAGGGGAAAAGCAACAGAAUUUUAAAACUCAGUACAUUAAAUGAACAGUAUAACAGAAUAAUAUUGAAUCCAGUAAUAUAUGAAUUUAAAAUCACAAAGUUAAACCUUAAACAAAAAAUGCAGUAGAAAUACAAAGAUUUUUUUUAUAAACCAUUGGAGUCUGAAAUGCCUUAAAAUAUAACCUCUGUAAGUUCCUUAGAUGUGUUUUUUAAAAUUAAUUAUCCAUUUAAAUGUCUAUUGUCUGAAGACAGAGUAGUAAGGGCUAGGCAAUGGGGGUUAAGGGAUCUGCUCAGGGCCCCACAGCUGGGAAGUAUCUGAGGCCAGAUUUUAACCCAGGACCGCAUGUCUUUAGGCCUGGCUCUCAGUUCCCUGAGCCACCCAUUUGCCUCCCCAAAGUUAGCUGAGUCUUCUCCCUGACAUGCAGGUGAAGUCAAUAAAAGGAUCAAUGGAAUUAAAAGACAUCCUUGUAAAAUAGCCAUGUUUUUAAGUUCCUGCUUGAAAAAGUCUGUUUGUUCUCCUCUCUUUUCUCUCUCCCCUGCUACCAUCUGCCCACGUGGCCAAUAGUUACCAGCUGGUAGAAAUGAGUCCUGAGCGAUCUGCUCCAAGGAUCUGGGUGAUGAGCCAGCUGGGGUCACGCUCGUGGGUCUGGGGCACAGAAACAAGCAGGCAGGGCCGGGAGAUUGGGCACCAGGUGAGAGGCCAGGAGCAGGAGCCAGAGCCCGAGAGGGCCGCCGGGGUGGGCAGGGCUGGUACCAGGUGAGGAUGGAGAGAGGUCAGGAUCUGGGGCUGCAGGCAGGUCACCAGGUGGUCGAGAUCUUGGUUAAGCAGGGACCAGGUGAGCGAGAGAGAGGUCAGGAGCAGCAUCAGGAGAAACAGGAAGAACUUUGCAGCCAGGUGGGCGGCAAACGCAACAGGUCCGGAGCAAGCCUGUGAGCUAUCUAAUGGCUGGAACGAGCAGCAGCUUUGCAAGGGUAAAAAAAAAAACCUUGACCAGAGAAAUGUGGCUCAAAAAAAAAUUUCUAGGCACUAGCUAUUAAAACUGAACUAAAGAUCAGAAAAGAUUCAGAAGAUUGAGAGUAUUUAGUUUUCCCGCUAGGUCGCCAAACUGUAAAGAUUAAAAUUUAGGGGAGACUGAGGCAGGUAGAAAUUAGUUUCUCUCUGCAAGGAGUAUCAUAUUUUAGAGGUUUAUUUAAGGUUAAGGAUUAAAGAAAAUACAGAAUAAGAAACACGUGCCUAGGCCAGAGAGGCCUAGACAAGACCUCACCUACAUUAUGAAAAGAGCCAUGUCUGCUCCAAAACGGAAGUCCAAAAGACCACAAAAGCCUUUGCAAUCAGGUUAAAUCCCUUCUCAAUCUCGGCCCACCUGAGAAUUCAGUGAGAUUACAAAGCACUCUGGAGAAGUGGAGCAAAGGAUUCUGGGGACUGGAGUCCUGAAUUUGAGUCUAUUUUUUACAAUAAUAGCCAAUCCAAUUGGUAUAUAGUAUCUCAGAGUUGUUUUAACUUGCAUUUCUCAAAAUAAUAGUGAUUUUUUUUUUUACCAUUCUUUGCAUGACUAGAGAGCUUUAAUUACUUUGAAAACUGUCUGUUCCUAUCCUUUGACCAUUUAUCAAUUGUGGAAUGACUUGCAGUCUUAUAUAUUCAACUUAUUUCUCUAUUUGAGAAAUAAGGCAUUUAUUAGACUUGUAAAACAUUAUUGCAUCAUUAUGAUUACUAUGUAUUAUUCUCCAUACUAUUUCACCCUGUUUAGUUUCCAACCUCUACCUCCCCCACUUUGCCCUCUUUUUCAUCUUCUCUCAUCCCCUUCUCUCAUCCCCUUCUCCUCUUACUUUCUUGUAGGGUAAGGUAGAUUUCUAUACACAGUUUAUUGUAUAUGUUCUUUCUUUAUUGAACCAAUUUCCAUGAGAGUAAGGUUCAUAUGCUCUUUUCCCCACCUCCCCCAUCUUCCCUGCCACUGUAAAAACUUUUUCAUACCUCUUUUAUGUUCAGUUAUUUGCCCUAUUCUAUUUUCCCUUCCUCCUCUCAAUAUAUUCAUCUUUCUCAUGCCCUAAUUUUAUUUUUUAUAUCAUCUCCUCAUAUUUAUCUCACCCUUCUGUAUGUAUAUUCCUUUUAAAUACCAUAAUAAUGAUAAAGUUCUUAAGAGUUACAAGGAUCAUCUUCCCUUAUAGGGGAUGUACACAGUUUAACUUUAUUGAAUAUCUUUUGAUAUUUCUUUCCUGUUUACCUUUUUUAUGCUUCACUUGAGUCUUAUAUUUGAGAGUCAGUUUUUUUCCAUUCAGCUCUGGUCUUUUCAUCAGGAAUAAUUGAAAGUUCUCUAUUCAUUGAAUACCCAUCUUUUUUCUUUGAAGGAUUAUGCUCAAUUUUGCUGGGUAAAUGGAUCUUAGUUGAAGUCCUAGCUCCUUUGCUGAAAUAUCAUAUUUCAGGUCCUCUGAACCUUUAAUGGAGAAGCUGCUAAAUCUUAUGAAAUCUUGACAGUGCUCUAUCAUACUUGAAUUGUUUCUUUUUGUCUGUUUGCAAUAUUUACUCCUUGACCUGGGAGUUUUGGAAAUUGACUAUUAUAUUCCUGGGAGUUAUCCUUUUGGUAUCUCAGGAUGUGAUCAGUGGAUUUUAUCAAUUUCUGUUUUGCCUUCUGGUUCUUGAAUACCUGGACAGUUUCCCUUGAUAACUUCUUGAAAGAUGAUGUCCAAAAUCUUUUUUUGGUCAUGGCUUUCAGGUAAUCCAAUAAUUCUUAAAUUGUCUCUCCUGGAUUUAUUUUCCAAGUCAGUUUUUUUUCCAGUGAGAUAUAUCAUAUUUUCUUCUUUUGACUGAUUGUUUCUUGAUGUCUCAUGGAAUCAAUAGCUUCCACUCUCCCAAUUCUAAUUUUUAAGUCAUGAUUUUCUUGAGUGAGCUUUUGUACCUCUGAUGGAGUUAAUUCUUAUGGGGUCUUGUUCAGAGAAUUGAUUUAUGAUUCAACUGACUCUAUUCCAAGGAAAUAGCUUUAUUAUAAGAGAAUGUAGAAGCAAGUAGCUAGUGUAGUAAGUAAGUAAUAAAGGUAAAGUAAGAAGGUAUAGUAAGUAAAGGUAGAAAGAGAUAGUAAAGAAUGAAAAAGGUAGGAGUGUGCAAGAGUAAGAGGAGUUCUCAGGAAUGUUUUUUAUCUUGCUAAGUUGUUAAGGAAGGAGUCACUUGUUUGGGCAGUUGUUACCCUGUGUCUCUAGGGAACUGACGUCACUUAACAGAAGGUCUACCUGACUUUACCCCUGGUUCACUGUUUGCUCACUCUAAGGGAGCAAACUUCAAUCUAAAUGGGAUGCCAAUGAUAUGUUAAAUACCAUGGAGCAACUUUAGAUAACUUUUGUCUUAUUCUGUGGAAACUCCAAGAAAAGCUGUGAAUGUGGAAAUUGAGAAUUGUUUGAACCUAGUCCUAUGUGAUUGGGGAACUAAACCACUUUUGCUUGUUGUCCAGAGACUUCCAACUAUAAUAGUUAAAAUGGUUGAGGUUGUAAACUGUAGUGAUUAAAAUAGUGGAAGACUUAAAUUGUAGUAGAUAUAAGAGUGGGUGAGUAAAUUGUGACCGCAGGAAAUAUAUUUUCACUACAGUGUCUUGUUUUAAAUCAAAUAUAAGGUGGUCGCCAGGGAAAUAUUCCCAAUUAUGAAUAUACCCAAGUCAACUGGGUUUUAUAGAGAAUUUAAUUAAUUAUACAAUGAGGAAUUAAAGAAAAGAGAGAAAGAGAGAAAAAGGAAAUAAGUAUGAAGGGCCUUAAGCCAAUAUGGCCUAGACCUGAGUCUUAAGAGAGAGAGAAUCGGUCAGUCAGUCUUUUAUCACUCACCACAAGGUGAGUCUAAGCAAGGAUUCUAGUGACAGAGUCUCCUCAGAGAGAGUUCCAGCCAGAGUCCUCCUCAAAGAGCCUUCCAGCCAGAGACUGUUUCAAAGGGCCUCUCUCAAGAGCCUCCAGAGGGACAGAAUCCCCUCAGAGGAGCUCCAGCGAGACCUCCUUAGAGAUUGUCCUCCAAGAGCUUCCCUUCUCCAGAGCCUCUCUCAAGAGAUCCUCCAAAAGGAUUUUUCAUAAGAGAUUGUUUUCAAGAGAUUCUGCUUUUUCUUAUAUAGGGGGUUUUCUCCUAUGUCAUCUCCCCUAAGUUCUUCCAUCUACCAAUCACAAUAGACAUUUUCUAAAGGACAGCCCAUCCUGAAUUCACUGCUGGGUCGACUAAUCCCUUUAGUAAGUUUGAACCAGAAAAAACUUCUGAAUAAGUUUUCACCUCUUUGCUCCUGGCAAGUUUACAAGUUGCCUGACCUUUAAUAGGUACUUAGCACCCUUUUGUAUUACUUCUAAAAAUAGGCAUGGCUUAAAGAACUUUUUGCCUCACUAUAAGUAUGGGCCCAAGUACCCUCAUUGUUUAGCAAAGAGUUUUUUCCCCUAAAGCAGUCCUAAGUACAGGUGGAGUAGAGGUCCUCCCAUUUCUGAUCCAAGUAGAGUUCUCACAUCCAAAUGUGGAAUGUUCCCAGUAGGGAAUUGUUCCAAUUGAGAAUUCCCCGAUGGGGAAAUUUUUAACAUUCACAAGUCUGAGAAAUUUCAAGAUUUACACAACCAAGGACCAAUGUUAUAUCUAAAGAUUGAUGUGAGAAGUUUUCUCAUAAUUGUGAAUCUAAACAGCCCAUAUGUCAAAUAUGAAAAUCAACCCCAUUCUAAUCAACUAGUUAUUGUUUCUAUGUUCUUUUGAUUGUUUAGAGCUAUUUGACAGGAUCUGUGGGACAUAUCAGCCCAUAUUAUCUCCUUUUCCAUUUGACCAGUUCUAUUUUGUAAAGAUUUAUUUUCCACAGUGAAUUUUUAGAUCUUUUUCCAUAUGACCAGUUCUAUCUUUUAAGUUCUCUUCAGUACAUUUUUAAAUAUCUUUUUCCAUUUGAUCCAUUCUGUUUUUUAAGAAAUUCUUCAUUAGAUUUUUGUGCUUCAUUUAUCAAUUGAACUAUUCUUUUUUUUUGGCAUUAAUUUCUUCCAUAUGUUUUUUGCCUCCUUUAUUAAGCUGUUAACCCUUUUUUCAUGAUUUUCUUAUAUCACUUUCAUUUCUUUUCCCAAUUUUCCUUCUGCUUCUCUUAUUUGAUUUUUUUAAAUUUAAAUUUUUAAAAAUUUAAACCUUUACCUUCCAUCUUGGAAUCAAUACUGUGUAUUGGUUCCUAGGCAGAAGAAUGAUAAGGGCUAGGCAAUGGGGUUGAAGUGACUUGCCUUGCCCAGGGUCACACAGCUGGGAAGUGUCUGAGGUCAGAUUUGAACCUAGGAGCUCCCACCUCUAGGACUGACUCUCAAUCCACUGAGCUACCCAGCUGCUCCCUUAUUUGAUUUUUAAAAAAAAAAUCAUUUUUGAGCUCUUUCAUUAAUUCUUUCUGGGCUUGAGAGCAAUUCAUAUUUUUCUUGGAAGUUUGGAUGUGGCAUUAUUGACUUUGUUCUUUUUUUGUUUGUGUUUUGGUCUUCCCAGUCACCAAAAUAACUUUCUAUGUUGUUUCUUUUUGUUGUUGUUGUUUGCUCAUUUUCCAGUCCUUUUCUUUUAAUUAAAAAAAAUGUUUAAUUUGGGAUUUGUUUCUGUGUUGAAGGGAGUACUGUUCCAAGCUUUGGGUUCUUGUGUGAAAUUGCCUUCAGAACUGACUCUGGAGUUCUAUCUGCUUUUAGUUCUUCCAAAGUGAUACGAUGUAAGGAGCAGUGUGUUUAAUAGUCUCUCCCAGGCUGUGCUCUGGUCUGUGAGAAACCACAAGCAGUCUUUUUUUGCCAUGGAACUAUGACCAGAGUCCCUUGCUUCCCUUUGGCCACAAGCACUGAUGUGUGAUAGUGUUCCUUCUCACCCUGAGACCCUAACCCAAGACUAUAACCUGGAUCUGCACAUAGCAAUGUGAUAAAAGUCUUGCACUCAGAGCCAGCAAAGGGACCCCUUUAUCUCCUUUUGAGCGGUUGUCCAAUCCCUGCCCCUCUCCCCCAGUACCAUCUGUGGCUGAGAACUCUAGAAAUCUUUGCUGCUAAUUCAGCUGCCAGCAGGCCCCUUGCCUUGGUAGGGCCUGCCUUGGUGUGCUGUUUUGUACUCCAUUCCACUCUGGUGUUCUAGAUCUUUUGUGCUGGCCUAAAUUAUUUUGGGUUAUAAAUUUAUUUCACCUUAUCUUUUGUGGGUCAUGCUACUCCAAAAUUCAUUUUGAGGCAUUAUAUCAUAGACAUUGGGAGGGUAAUUUCAUAACUAUCAGUUGGGUCUGUGUACUUUUCCACCAUCUUGGCUCCCCAUGAAGAUGAUCAUUAAGAUAAAUGUCAUGAUCUUUGCCCUCAAAGGGCUUUUACUAGAUUAAGAAGGGAAGGAAAGAAGGGUGGAUGGAAAUAGCCAAAAAACUAAGAGUUUUGUUGUUCAUUUGUGUCUAACUCUUUAUAACCCCAUGGAUUCCUGCUAUCUGGAGUUUUCUUGGCAAAGAUACUGGAGUGGUCUGCUAUUUCUUUUUCCAGUGGAUCUUUUUGUCAGUCAAUCAGAAAUUAAGUGAGUUGUUUUUGGUCACAUAGCUAGGAAGUGUCUGACUCUAGGUCUAGCACUCUAAACACUGAGCCACCUACUUGCCUCCUAGACAUACAGAGGUUAAGUGAUUUACCCAAGGUCACAUAGUCAGGCCAUGUAUGAGGUUGGAUUUGUAUGUAGGUCUUCCUGCCUCCAGGUCCAGUGCUCUUUAACUACUGAACCACAGCUUACCUCUUAAGAGAAGUCAUUAAUCACUUAGUUAUUUUUCAGUCAUGUCCAGCUCUUCAUGACCCCAUUUGGGGUUUUCUUUUUUUUGUUGAAAAAAAUUGAUUUAAUUAAUUAAUUUAGAAUAUUUUUCCAUAGUUAUAUGAUUCAUGUUAUUUCCCUCCCCUCCCCCCAGCCAACGUGCAAUUCCACUGGGUUUUAUGUGUGUCAUUGAUUAAGACCUAUUUCCCUGUUAUUGAUAAUUGCACUAGGGUGAUCGUUUAGAGUCUACAUCCCCAAUCAUAUCUCCAUUUGGGGUUUUCUUGAGAAGGAUAAUGUAGUAAUUUGCCAUUUCUCACCCAGCUCAUUUUGCAAAUGAGGAAAUAAAGGAAAUGGGGUUAAGUGACUUGCCUAGGGUUAUAUAGCUAGUGUCUGAAGUCAGUUUUGAAGUCAAGAAGAGAGUUUUUCUGAUUCCAGGCCUGCACUAUCCACUGUGCUACAUAGCUGCAUUGAAUACUAAGAGUACAAAAUGCAGUUAAAUAUUUAAUGAUGCUUAUAGAUAUUAAGUGGUAGAAUUAAAAGGAAGGAGAGAGCGACUGUGGACUGGGCUAAUCAGGUCAAGGAUGGCUUCACUGAGAUGGAAUUUGAAGACUAAAAUUUUAAUAGUUGGAGAGGGAAAAGGACAUUAAAAAUUGGAACAAUGAGCAAAGAUACAGCUGAUGGACAGAUUUGAGGAACAACCAGAAACUAAUGGCAUCAUACAUUUAGUGUUGGAGGGGUCCACAGACUCUAGGCCAGUAAUGGUAAACCUAUGGCAUGGGUGCCAAAGGUGGCAUGCAGAGCACUCAGUGGGCACACACUGCCCCCCUCGCCAAACACACAAACAUACAGAAUUGGGUACUAGAAAGUCAGAAGGACUGGGGAGGAGCUGCUCCCCUCACCCUCUCCACCAGCCUGACAUUUUUUCACAUGCCCCACCCUCUGCCCAGCAGCCCAAUAGGAGCUCACAGAGGGUAAGGUGGGCAGUUCACAGGCCCUUGAGCAGAGCUCUUGGACCACUCCCCUACCCCUCUCUAUACUAGCUGAGGAUAUUCCUCACUUCCCUUCCCCUCUACCCAGCAGCCCAAUGGGAGCACUUCCUCCCUCCCCUGUGUGGGGUAAAGUGGGGCAGGAUGCUCCUGGCACUUGGUGGGGGGUGGGGCACAGUAUGUAGUCUGGGGGGAGGGACACUACACUCUGUUUGAGGGCUGGGGAGGGGGCAGGGCCUAGCACUCCAUCUCUAAAAGGUUCUCCAUCACUGCUCUGUUCCAUCUCCCUAAUUUUGCAAAUGAGGCCCAGAGAGUUUUAAAUACCUUACCAAGAUCACAUAAGUGACCAGUCUAGCUGGAGUAGAGUGUUUUACAGGGAAGCUUUGGGAGGGAGUUUGGAAUGGAUAUAGCAAAUACAUUGGAAUAUGUGAUUUUUGUCAUCUUCAUUCACUUCAAUUUCUGAAGAAGUGAUUCUUUUUGCCAAAGCCAGCCCUUUGUCUUGUAUGCUUGACUCUGUCCCAGGGCUUAAGUAGGGGAAAAUUUUGCCUUAUCUUGCACAGAACCAGGCCAUGUAGUCAUGAGUGACAUGGGCACUGUACCCCCAGAAACCCAGGCCAACUAUUAUCAGGGAAAUUCCCUUGCCCUUGCAUCCUUGAGACUCUGAGCCUAAAAACACCCAAUGACCCCUCUAGGGUCUUGAGAUGACUAUCUUCCUUUGAUUGUCCUCUAGAUGGACAGAAAGAUGCACCUUCAAGCCACACCUCGAUCCUAUCAGACAUCUGUUUGUUCCCUAAAACUAAGGAAUCUUUAUGCCCCCAGGCAGAACCCAGUAUGAUCACCCCACCUCAUGCCUGAGUGACUAACUCUAUUGUAAAAAGUAUAAAAUCCCCUGAACUGAUGUUAUCUGGACGGAAUAGCCUUUCCUUUCAUGCUGUCCUCCCAAAGAACUGCUCCUCAUCUUGCUGUUCUACCUUGCUAUCCUCCUGGCCACUCUCAACAUUACUUUCUAAAUUAAUAAAUCUCUUUUUUGUUUUCAAGCUAAGUUUUUGAGUCUUGCAUGCUUGCAAAAGGUAUCCUUCCUGAACCCCAAGGAUAUCCUUUCUGCCCAUAACAUUUUGGCACCAACAUGGUUUUUGGCUCUCCUGAAAGCUACUACCCCGGAUCAUCCAAAAGGACAUGGCUUUUCAGGUAGGAAGGAGACUUUUCUUUGACUCCUGAAACCCCCAUCUUUUGGGUGAUAUCUUUGUGGGAACUCUUUUGUGCUCUCUCUCCCAUUGGCCCCAGAUCAGUCUGGCUGCUGGAGUUUGGGGUCUAUUUGUCGGCUCCCCAUUAUACUGGAAGACGGUUCUAAGUUGUGUGGGAAGUAUUGCCGCCUCAGUUUCCAACUGAGUGCUAGCCUCAGUGUUAAAACUGAGUGCUCUUGGUCGGGCAACGUCUGUGGACUCACAGUUGUUGACCCUCGGUGUGGAAUCUGCCAAUUCUGCAUCUAAAUGGGACAGAGACAGAGCAUACCCGGAGAUUCCCCUUUGGGGUGUAUACUUAAUAAUUGGAAAAAAUGGCACUUAGCAGCUUAAAGAAAAAGCAACUAAUUUCUUUUUGUAAUGCUGUCUGGCCACAUUACAUCCUUGGUAAUCAAGUGACAUGGCCAUGGUACCCUAAAUUAUAACACCAUCAGACAAUUGGAUUUAUUCUGCAGAAGGGAAGGGAAAUGGGCAGCCAUUCCCUACAUUUCCACUUUCAUUAAACUCAGCCAGAAUCCUGAGCUAAGACAAUUAUGUCGCAUGGGCCUUGCCACCUCCUUACUGACCCCUUCUGGGGAUAGUCCCCAAUAGGAUGUUCUGGAUGACUUAGCUCUCCCAAGCAAUUUAGCUUCUGUGAGGGGUAGGGAGAUAACAUCUCCUACGCUGGCUGCGGAGCAGUCAAGGCCUUCCCCUCCCCCCAAACUAACUUCAACUACAGAAUUCCCUCCAGAUCCUCCUAGUUCUUCUCCCCAACCCUCGGCUCCAAACCCUCUGCCUUACUCUCGGGGGUCAGAGCCUGAGACCACUCCUCUCUCUACUCCCAACCGUAAUAUCCUUUUGUACCUGCCACUGCAUAAGGAUAAUGUUACCUUGCCCAUUCCUCAACCAAGCCCACUCCACACCCAGAGCAGACUGAGCUAUGGUGACAGGGCUCCCCUCCUCCCUAUGAGAGAGGUACCCUCGACAGAUGGGCUGGCUCAGGUACAUGUUCCCUUUUCUAUGAUUGAUCUAGCCCAGAUGAAGGAGAAAUUGGGUCACUACUCAGAGAACCAUACCAAAUUCAUUGAGGGUUUUAAAUCCCUUACCCUGCAGUUUGACCUGUCCUGGGCAGAUCUGCAUAUUAUUAUCUCCACCUGUUGCACCCCAGAUGAGAAAAAACAGAUCUGGGAUUUGGCUGUAGAAAUAGGUGAUGAGAAGGCCCUAACUUGCACAUGGGAAGGAGUUCCUGGUGCCACCGCAGUCCCAGGGCAAGAUCCUGGAUGGGACUAUAUGAAUGAAAGGGACAGACUUAGGAGAGACCAUAUGAUAGAUUGUCUCGUUGAGGCCAUGCAGAAAGGGAUUAGAAAGCGAGUGAAUUACAAUAAGCUCAAAGAAAUCACUCAAGGAAAGGAGGAGAAUCCAGCCCUCUUCCUGUCCCGAUUAGUGGAAACCAUGAAGCAAUAUACCAACAUCCACCCAGACACUGAUGAGGGGGCACUUAUCUUAAGGCUCCACUUUAUAGGGCAGUCAGCCCCAGACAUCAGGCGAAAGCUGCAAAAGCUGGAUCUGGGACCUCAGACUCCAAUUAAUCAAUUCAUGGAUGCUGCUUUUAAGGUUUUUUCACAACAGAGACCUUGUCAAGACAGGAGGACAGAGAUGUGAGAAACUCCUCAUGGCAGCUCUCACCUCUCUGACCUAUGGGCAGAGGCCAAAGGGCUCUUGCUACACCUGCGGAUGGGAUGGACACUGGUCGAAGGACUGUCCUUCGAAGGGAAGACCGCCCACCACUCUGUGUCUAACCUGUGGCCGACAGGGACACUGGAAACGGCAGUGCCCCACCAACCAGAGACCCCAGCGACCCCAGAGGCACGUUCCUGACCUCCAGUCUCCUGAGGACUCGGAAUAGGGCUGCCCUAGGAUUUGUGCGCUCCCAAUUUCCAUCACCAUGGCUGAACCCAGGGUUAUUCUCCAGGUUGAAGGUAAGAAAGUUACCUUUCUAAUUGAUAUGGGAGCUACAUAUUCUGUUCUCCAAACUUACAAUGGUCCUACAUUCUAUUCACAGCACAAGGUAAUUGGAGUUGGGGGAAAGACUCUCAGCUGUAGAGAGACGGCAUCACUAACAUGUGCCCAUGAAGACAAAUUAUUCCAACAUAUAUUCCUAGUUAUUCCUUCCUCUCCAUGUCCUCUACUGGGCAGGGACAUUAUGAAGAAAUUAGGCUCACAAUUUUCGCUUAUCUCAGUUCCAAACUCUCCAAACAGUGCUUUGCAUAAGCCUGCAACAAUCUCUUUAGAAAUCUGGGAGAAGGUGCCUUCCAUUUUCUGGGAUCAAGGCAUACUGGGAAGAGCCAUCCAGGUGGAGCCAGUAAUGAUAAGCCUCAAGCCUAAUUCCCUUUACCCGCACAGGAAGCAAUAUCCCUUUUCCCCAGAGGCCAGAGAAGGAUUACAACCUCUCAUAGAUAAAUUCCUAGCCUAUGGCCUCUUAGAAGAGUGCACCUCACCUUGCACUUCCCCCAUUCUGCCAGUAAAAAAACCAAAUGGGAGCUGGCGUAUGGUUCAAGAUCUCAGGCAUAUUAAUGAAGCAAUAAUUUCUGUUCACCCCAUUGUCCCAAACCCAUAUACAAUCCUAAGAUAAAAGGGAACUCUCUGGUUCUCUGUCAUUGACUUGAAAGAUGCUUUCUUUUGCAUACCCUUGCACCCAAAAUGCAGAUUCCUCUUUGCCUUUGAGUGGGUUUCUCCCUCAGAUCCCCGACCCCAUAAGUUCACGUGGUGCAUGCUCCCACAAGGAUUAAGGGACAGCCCCCACUACUUUGGGGCUGUCCUCAAGAUCUUAGAGCCCUGAGACUCACGAGCAGCUCAAUCUUGCAGUAUGUUGAUGACAUUUUAAUAUCUAGUCCAUCUGAGGCUGCCUGUAUCACAGACACCAUUUCUACCCUAACUUUUCUAGGAGAACGGGGUUACAAGGUUUCUGCUUCUAAAGCCCAACUUGUCUCCCAGUCUGUAACUUAUUUGGGACACACCCUAACCCCAAAUUCAUGCUCCCUGACCACAGACAGGAAACAGGCCAUACUGUCCAUUACAGCCCCCUCUACCAAAGGACAGCUCCGAACUUUUCUGGGUAUGGCAGGGUUUUGCCAUAUUUGGAUACCUAAUUUCGGGAUCAUUGCAAAACCUCUCUAUGAAGCCACUAAGGGGCCCGAUUCAGAACCCCUAGAUUGGGGGGGGGGAGACCAGGAACAGGCCUCUUCACUUUUAAAAACCCGGCUUUCUUCCGCUCCAGCCCUAGGGAUUCCAGACCUUGAAAAGCCUUUCUUCUUAUUUACCGAUGAGAGAAAGCAGUUUGCCCUAGGUGUUCUAGCACAGUACUUAUGACCUGACCUCCGCCCCAUUGCUUACUUUUCCAAACAACUCAACUAAGUUAGCAGGGGAUGGCCACCAUGCUUGAGGGCAGUCUCUGCCAGGGUCCUCAUGGCAGAAGAGGCAUUCAAACUAACUCUGGGUCAACCCUUAGAAAUUCUGACCCCUCAUUGUGUCCUCAGCAUUCUGGAAGCUAGAGGUCACAGAUGGCUCUCUGGGGGCCAGCUCACUAAGUACCAGGCUCUUUUACCAGACACAUCGGGCCUUACCCUGAAGUUGCUUCUAGGGUAAAAGCACUCAUGGGAGUCACCCAGAUGCUGGAUUCCACCAUAACCUCGGCAACCAUCCCAGCCUGACACUCUGGCCACAGCCUACAGUCAAUACCUCUCUCUCUCCUAAGGGGUAGGCAGGGACAUCUCUACGCCCAUUCUCAGUGGUGAAGAAGUUACAGAAGACAGACUGCCGUCCCUUUUUCCCUUACAUAUUAGGAAGGAAUUUUCCUUACAUAUUAGGAAGGGGGGAGAUGACAUGGGCACUGUACCCCAGAAACGCAGGCCAACUAUUAUCAGGGAAAUUCUCUUGCCCUUGCAUCCUUGUGACUCUGACCCAAUGACCCCUCUAGGGUCCUAAGAUGACUAUCAUCCUUUGAUCAUCCUCUAGAUGGACAAAAAGAUGCACCUUCAAGCCACACCUCGAUCCUAUCAGACAUCUGUUUGUUCCCUAAAACUAAGGAAUCUUUAUUCCCCCAGGCAGAACCCAGUAUGAUCACCCCACCUCAUGCCUGAGUGACUAACUCUAUUGUAAAAAGUAUAAAAUCCCCUGAACUGAUGUUAUCUGGACGGAAUAGCCUUUCCUUUCAUGCUGUCCUCCCAAAGAACUGCUCCUCAUCUUGCUGUUCUAUCUUGCUAUCCUCCUGGCCACUCUCAACAUUACUUUCUAAAUUAAUAAAUCUCUUUUUUGUUUUCAA